AUGCAUGAGCCAACUGAGGAACUCGUGCUACGUCUGAUGCAAGAUGAUGCGACAUGCGCCCUUGGACUCAUGAAGGGCAAGGAGAGGUCUGAUCAAAUGACUGACCAUGAACUGGCACUCACUGAAUGGGCUCGAGAGCUCCGUCAUUGUGCAUGCACAUUUGAAGACUACAAGAUGGCGAAGAGCCUAGCGACAGCUGUUUCUCAUGAUGGUGUUGCUCUCGCAGCUGCAACUGAAGAGGAAAACAGAGCCUUCCAGGAUCGAAUGACAGCACUACAAUUUGGCGGUCUCAACCCAUCAACCCCUGAUCAGCUACUGGGACAGAAGACUGCUGCGAUGGCUGGUCUAACUGGUCUGGUGGGAGGUUUCAAUACCGUGUCGGAGCAAUCGAGAUCUACAGAUACAAUUGAAGUUCGAAGGUCAGGUUUAAUCGAGACUGAAUCUCCAGGGGCUGAAAGCUCGAAAGUUGCCGCUGCCCGCAAUCUCGACUGUCAGACACACCUCAAAUGUGUAGCCUGUAUGGAAGCUAAGCUAUCCUUCGACAUAUUCAAGGCAACUUGUUCCCAUUACUACUGCAGGAACUGUACCGGCCGCUUGGUGCACGACUCUUUCGUUGACGAGUCACUUUUUCCACCGAAGUGCUGUCGUGUGCCAUUCCCUUUACCUACAAUGAAAGCAUUUCUGGACGAGGAGAUGAUUCGAAAAUUCGAGGAGAAGACAGUGGAGCACAAUGAUUUCAACAGAACUUACUGUGCGAAUCUUUCGUGUUCGCGAUACCUCCCCCCUACCUCGAUGACACUUACUACCAGGCUCUGCCCUUCUUGCAACACAGAAACAUGCCCUACAUGUAAGCAGCGAGCUCAUGCCGGCGUAUGUGUCAACGGGGAAGUGGAGAUUUUGAAAAUGGCAGAAGCAGAAGGAUGGCAGCGCUGCGCAAGAUGUCGUAACAUGGUGGAGCUAAAAAGUGGCUGCAAUCACAUCACAUGCCGUUGUGGGUUCGAAUUUUGUUACGUCUGUGCCUUGAAGUGGAAGAUAUGUGGAUGCGAAGUAUGGGACGAAGAUAGACUAGUGGACAGAGCACACCAAGUUGCUGCUCGAAAUGAAGGCAACCCGCAGCCUGCACAGCAAGAGGUUCAGAGGGCAGCGCAGGAACUUCGUGAGCAGCACAACUGUGAGCAUGGUCGUUGGAGAAGGCGUGAUGGGGAAUACUCGUGCGAUGUAUGCCACGACCUGCUUCCUGAUUUCAUCUUACGAUGCCAGCGCUGCAAAAUUGAGGCGUGUAGCGGGACAAGAUUCAUGCUGUGA